AUGGCAACCAACGGCUCUUUCUCCCACUACCAUGCGGCCACUUCUGCUGAGGCUAUUGAGUCUGAGAAGCAAUAUGCUGCUCACAAUUACCACCCCCUUCCCAUUGUCUUUGCCCGGGCUCAAGGUACCACAGUUUGGGACCCCGAAGGUCGUGAAUACCUCGACUUCCUCUCUGCCUACUCCGCUGUAAACCAAGGUCACUGCCACCCCAAAUUGGUCGCUGCCCUCGUGGAUCAAGCUUCUCGCGUCACUCUGAGCUCCCGCGCAUUCUACAAUGAUGUAUUCCCCCGCUUUGCUAAGUUUGUCACGGAAUACUUUGGAUUUGACAUGGUCUUGCCCAUGAACACCGGUGCCGAGGCCGUCGAGACCGGUAUCAAAAUUGCCCGUAAAUGGGGAUACAAGGUCAAGGGCAUUCCGGAAAACCAGGCCCUUGUGUUGAGUGCUGAGAACAACUUCCACGGUCGUACGUUCGCCGCUAUUUCCUUAUCUUCCGACCCCGAGUCUCGCGAACACUACGGUCCUUAUCUGCCCGGUAUCGGAUGCACAAUUCCAGGAACCACAAAGCCCAUUGCCUACAAUGAUAAGGCUGCUCUGCGCGAGGCAUUCGAGGCUGCCGGCCCCAACCUGGCCGCUUUCCUCGUCGAGCCCAUCCAGGGUGAGGCAGGUAUUGUUGUACCAGACCCGGAUUACCUGCUGGAGGCUCGCGCCCUUUGCGAUAAGCACAACGUGCUUCUAAUCUGCGAUGAGAUCCAAACCGGCAUUGCCCGCACGGGUAAGCUGCUGUGCCACGAGUGGAGCGGAAUCAAGCCCGACCUUGUCUUGCUCGGCAAGGCUAUCUCGGGCGGUAUGUACCCGGUUUCGUGUGUGCUGGGCAGCAGAGACGUCAUGCUCACUGUCGAGGCUGGUACCCACGGUUCGACCUACGGUGGUAACCCUCUCGGGUGUGCAGUUGCUAUUCGCGCCCUUGAGGUUGUGCGCGAGGAGAAUAUGGUUGAGCGCGCAGAGACGCUCGGUCACUUGUUCCGGGAUGGCCUUGCAGCUAUUCAGAGCCCGCUCAUUCAGUCAGUGCGCGGCAAGGGUCUGCUCAAUGCUAUUGUCAUCGAUGAGUCCCAGGCAAAUGGUCACUCUGCUUGGGAUCUGUGCAUGUUGAUGAAGGAGAAGGGUUUGCUGGCCAAGCCCACCCACCAGAACAUCAUCCGCCUUGCUCCCCCUCUGGUGAUCACCGAGGAGGAAAUCCAGAAGGCUCUCGACAUUAUCAAGUCGGCUGUGAACGAGCUUCCCAAACUCAAUGGCUCAGACGAGGACCACGUCAUUCCUCCCCCGGAGAAGAAGGCCAAGAUCGGUCUUGAGAAUUAG